UAAGCCCCAUACCACGGUCCCCAUACCCACGGCUUUGCCCACGGUGUGUGUUCACUCCUUAUCCUCCUUAUACAUUGAGUGUCACCCAUGCUGUCUCUGACACAGCCUGUAAUUGAAAAGCACUGUGAGUUCUUUGUCGUGGUAUGGAACAAGUUGACAUGAUCACAGAAACAAGUCCAUCGGCAAUGUUUACUUUGCUCUCGAUGGAGUUCUUAGUUUUGAGCAAUAGAAGAGUCGUUGAUAAGAAGUUCAUUAAUGCGUAUUUUAAUAAAUUAAAUGUCCUUGAUUAUCGAUCUAUUUCAAUAAAGGAUCCUCACGUCGUACGUCUAUUACUCCGUCAAUUAUGCGCUGCUAUAAGAUUUUCUGAAACUGAGUUGGUUAAAAAUUAUUCCCAAUUCGUAUUAAAUACAAUCCAUGCUGGUGGAAGCAUCAUCGGAAGGACUUUUUGUACUUGUCAAAAAUGGUUUCUAGAAGCGCUUGAAUAUACCCAUUCUGAUGUCAGAAAUGAUAUUCUUAUAACUCUCCAGGCUCUCUGGAGUACAGGAUCAUUUGACAUUAAUAACCAAGGUUUCCAAAGAUUAUUAAAUGAAAAAGGACUCUUGAACCAACUAGCUUGUCCUGGGAACCACCAUUGGUCAGAAACGAAUUUCUUGGCACUUUCGUGUAUAGAGGCUAUUCUUGUUAAUACAGAGAACAAUACUACUGUGUUAUCAUUGGAAUACAAAAUGACCAUACAAGAAGUGGUCCUUAAUAAUUUGUCCUCUUUUUCAUACGACACCCAAGAUAAACUUAUCUACAAUAAGAUAGUUUGUUGUUGCCUUCGAAUAUUAUCUAACCUGUCAAUUAGUGCAUCCUCAAUGUCUCAGAAACCUGAUUGUGUUGGCAAAAUUCUUGGAAUAGUGAAAGAAUUUUCAUUUCAUGGCAUCGAAAAAUACUCAACGACAAAACCUCAGUGUUUAAGACCAUCAGCAAUGAAUCUACCUGAAGUCGUUAACAAUCGAGGAAAUAACCGUAAUAAAACAAGAAGCAAAAGACAAACAACAAAGAAAUUAUCGCAAGGAGAAAAAAACAAAGGAAAUUCAAAUGUGUGCCUUGAUUUACCAGAAGCUGUUUGUUGCAAAUAUUCAAGUGAUUCGGAGACAGAAAUCUUAAAUCCAACCGAAAUAGAGUACAAGGUUCGAUUGGAGGCGGUAAAUUUAUUAAACGCUGCUGCCCGGAAUUUUCCGACUCAAGAAAUGUUUGGUUAUUGGUCUCAAAUUGUAGCUAGCGGUUCAAAAACUAGUGCUCGGGUUCUCGCGAGAUUGCUUCUCAAAGAGCCAGUAGCAAAAGUACGUCGGUCUAUCCUUAGUACACUUUCAAAACUUCUUGUAAAAGCGAAACAUUUUUUAGUUCACGCGGAUGAUUCAGAAAAUCCUUCCUUCAUAACGUUUUUCGGCACUGUUGGAGCCAUGAUUCGUGAACUUCAUUUCGUACUCUCUCUUGUCUUGAGUUGCGAACGAAACGCGACCGUUCUUAUUCACGCUCUUAAGUGUACAAGCGUUCUCGUGAACAGUACACCUUAUGCCAGAUUAAAGCCUGGACUCGCGUCCAAACUCUCCAGAAAUAGUAGACCUUACCUGCUUCACAAAGAUCCUACGGUGCAAGUCUCGGCUUUAUCGGUCUUUGAAGCCUUGGCUCUGGUUAAUCCACUCACAGCAGAGAUUGUCAACAUAUUACAAAAAGAAUCAAAACUCCCAGACAAUGAAGGUUUUUUACGUGGAAUUCAAAUUGGAAAUAGCGAAGACAACGAAGAUGACGCGGAAGAAGAGGUAGAUCUGGAAUAUGCAGAUCAUUCAAAAGAGAAAGCCGAAAUCGAAUCAGAGAUAAAUAACGGAUUGUUGCGAGAAAAAGGCGGUCUCAAUUUUUUGAUACAAGUUUGUUUGCAGUACAUUUCAAACGAAGCCGAGAAAGGUCCAGUACGUUUACACUCUCUUAAACUAUUGGGUGCAUUGGCUUCAAAUUUGGAAAGUCUUGUGUUUACGCAUUUGGAACCCGUAACAACUACGUUAGCAAAAGUCACUCAAGAUACAGAUUUUCAAAUUGCGUAUCAUGCCUGUCGAGUAAUUGAAAAUCUAGCUGGUCGAUUAGCAACUUUGCCUUCUGACAAUGCUAAUGUGGUGGCGUUUUGGAACACCAUUUUUUCAAAAGUUACCUUUCUCGUUCAGCACCCGCAAUCUACUUUACGAGAAGUAACAUGCGAUUGUUUGGGAAAAAUAGACACAAUUUUUUCACAAUUGCCUAGAGAAAGGAGUGUUCUUGUGAUAACUAUAUUAUUCGGAGGAAUACGGGAUGAAGAUAGUGGAGUUCGUGCAGCAGCUGUGAGAGCUCUCGGGAUGCUCGUGACUAUACCAGCUCUUGAGGAGGAUACCGGAUUUUUGAUGGACCUUGGUGACGUCGUGUGUCUAGCAAUUGAGGAUGACAAUCUUGGUGUCCGAGUGAAAGCGUGCUGGGCACUAGCAAAUCUUUGUGAUUGUUUGAUAAGACGAAAAAACAAUAAGACAAUAGAACCAAUUCCAGAGAAAGUACUUUUGCCAAGACUUUAUACCAUUGCCAUUAAAGCUGCCCAAGACAAUUGUAAGGUUAAAUGCAAUGCAAUGAGAGCUUUGGGGAGCGUCAUACGAUUAUCCACCGAUGAACGAAUUUUCAAUGAUGUCUCUGCAGGAUUGGAAAUACUUGAAAAAUGUGCACUCUCAGAAAAAGAUAUGAAGGUGCGAUGGAAUGCUUGUCGCGCGUUGGGUUUCGUUAUGAGUUACAAACCGGAUGCGGUCCUUCCAUCUUUCUGGAGGGAUCAAGUUUUCCCAACUCUCUGCGAUUUAAUCUGUAAUAGCCCAAAUUUUAAAGUACGCACAAACGCUGCUUGGGCCCUCGGCGCCUGCGAUACUUAUGGCAAAUUUUGCCCAUCGAUAUGGAAAAGUAUCGUAAUUGCUCUUGAAAAUUCACAACACGUUCCUAGUUUAGUCGAAUAUCCACAUCGAGACGUUCUCGUCCAACAACUUUGUCUAACACUUUGUCAUGUAGCCUCGCGCACUAAUGCGUCGGAUUUACAGUUGGUGUGGAAUGAAGUACGUGAUCACGUUGAAGAUAUCGCAAGGCACAUAGAGCACUUGCAUAAUAGUGUUUUACCGGAAAAAGCGAACGAUCUCGUUGAGGCAAAGACUCACCUCCAGAGGCUACACCAUACCACUCAUUCUGAAGAUAAAUUAAUUGUUCAUUGUUUGAUCGGUUUAUUUGAAAAAAGUCAUUUCCUGUAAAAGGUUAUAUCAAAGACAUAAGUAUAAAGUUAAAUAUUAGUCGUACACAUUUCUAUUAAGUCAUCGUUUUCAAGUAAUGUUUCUACAAUGCAGCCAUUCCGUAAUAAAAUAUCGCUCGUGCAGUUGCUUCCACCCGACUAUCUGUAAAAUCGUUCGAGUUUUUCAAUCAUGUAUCAAUUUAAAUAAGCGGCAGGUUUAUAAAAAAAUUCAGACUUUUAGUAUUUCGUUGGUUGUAUUUGCAUCAUUGAUUUCGCGUAGAUUUGGUGGAGUAGCAUGAGCGCUUUCAAUACAUUUUGCGUCAAGAUACCCAUUCGUUCCAAACUAGUUUCUCAAUCUGAGCUAACUGCCUGUUUUUUGUUGCACAAAUUUAUUUGGUUAUUGUAUCUAUUAUUAUCUUGUACACAGUAAAACCUUUACAUCAUUGUUGUCUUUUCAACAUUA